CUGGUGCAUCUCUCCCCCUCGAUGAACUCCUCCAGUUCUUUCUCCUGAUCCUAUUUAAAGUCCUUUCUAUCUCCUGACUUGGAUUCUAAAACCUUCCCCGCAUUCUAUACUUCCAAUACAGAGCCCUCGGCCCAAACCUAUAUACCCAACCCAAAUCUCAUCGCGAAACUCGCGCCCACCUAUCGCCAUGUCGGUCGUCUCUCUCCUCGGGGUGAAGAUCGUCAACAACCCAGCGACGUUCCUCGACCCGUAUCAAUUCGAGAUCACUUUUGAGUGUCUUGAGCAGCUCCAGAAAGAUUUGGAAUGGAAGCUCACUUAUGUCGGUUCUGCAACCUCCUCGGAGUACGACCAAGAGCUGGACUCUCUUCUUGUCGGGCCCAUACCUGUUGGAGUCAACAAGUUCAUCUUCGAGGCCGAUGCCCCCGAUCUCAAGCGGAUCCCCACUUCUGAAAUCCUCGGUGUCACCGUGAUCCUCCUCACAUGCAGCUACGACGGGAGGGAAUUCGUUCGUGUGGGAUACUACGUGAACAAUGAGUACGAUUCGGAGGAGCUCAUGGCCGACCCGCCUGCGAAACCCAUCAUUGAACGCAUCCGCCGGAACAUCCUUGCUGAGAAGCCGCGAGUGACUCGAUUUGCCAUCAAAUGGGAUACUGAGGAGUCUGCCCCUGCCGAAUACCCGCCUGACCAGCCAGAGGCCGACAACCUUGAAGAUGACAGCGGUGCCUACGGUGUUGAAGAAACAGAGCUUGAAGCUGCCUUGGUAAAGGAGUUAGCCGAUCAUGGCAAAGAGCCAAAGGCUGAAGAUCACGAAAUGGAGGGUGCCGAGCCCACUCCUGUCAAAGAAGAAGACGAGGAGGAAAUCUCCGACGGUAAUGAAAGCGAGGAUAUCGAAGACGAAAGCGACGAUGACGAUGACGACCUUGACGAAGAAGAUGGCGCCGACGGCGACGAGGACGUCGAAAUGGGCGACGAUUCGGAGCAGAAAGAUGACUCCAAGUCCAACCACCCGGUCCAGCCUGCCCAUCCGGAGGUCAUGGUGCACUGAUUUGAAGCACCAUCCCCGUUAUAUCCAAAUUUACGAACUGGAUUGUUGAAUGUUUGCCCAUCCUUUUCUUCAUAUGAUUUUAUGAUCGGUUGCAACGUUUCAUGAUAUAGGAGCUCCCCAUACAUACCUUACCUUUACUUUCACAUAUGCACCAUUUAGUUUACGAUAUAGAACCAA